AUGGAGGUCUCCGGGAGGAAGGGGCCGGCGCGCCCCCGCCGCCCGGCCGCCCGGCCCCUGCCGCCCCUGCCCCUGCCCCUGUUGCUGCCGCUGGCCGCGCUGCUGCUAGCCCCACGGGCGCCCGCCCUGGCCGCGCCGGAGGGAGCGCCCCCGUGGCGCUCGGAGCAAGCCAUCGGGGCCCUGGCGGCCAGCCGCAAGGACGGCGUGUUCGUGGCCAGCGGCAGCUGCCUGCAUCAGCUGGACCACACGCUCCAGAAGCCGCUCUCCCGCCUGCACAAGGGCCAGCAGGGCAACUGCUCCGAGCCCGUGGCGCUGGCGCCCCCCGCGCGGCCCGGACCGGCCAGCAGCUUCAGCAAGCUGCUGCUGCCCUACCGCGAGGGGGCGGGCGCCGGCGUCGGCCCCGGCCGGGACCGCGGACUGCUGCUCACCGGCUGGACCUUCAACAGCGGCGGCUGCGAGGUGCGGCAGCUGGCUAGCCUCAACCUCAGCGAGCUGCUCAGCAGCCCCGAGGUGGUGUCGUGCCACCCGCGGGGCUCGACGGCCGGCGUGGUGUACCAGGCGCCUGAGGACGGGCGCUGGUACCUGGCUGUGGCGGCCACCUUCGUGCUGCCCGAGUCCGAGGCGCUCAGCAAGUGCGGCCCGGCGGCGUCGGACCUGGACAUGGCCAUCACGCUGCAGGACACGGAGAAGCUGUUCACCGAGGAGGACGGGCGACUGAAGCUGCAGGCGGGGGCCGGCACCCUGCACUUCGUGGACGCCUUCCUCUGGAACGGCAGCGUCUAUUUCCCCUACUACCCCUACAACUACACUAGCGGCGCCGCCCCCCGCGCGCCCGCCAUGGCCCGCAUCGCGCAGAGCACCCGCGUGGACUUCCAGGGCCAGGUGGCCCUCAACUGCAGCCGGGGCCACCCCGACGGCCGCCGCCUGCUGCUCUCGUCCAGCCUGCUGGAGCCCCUCGGCCUCUGGGCCGGGGUCUUCAGCGCCGCCGUCGGCCCGGACCCCGGCACCCGGCGUUCGCCGGCCACCACGGCGCUCUGCCUCUUCCGGAUGAGCGAGAUCCAGGCGAGGGCGCGGACCUGCAGCUCGGACUUCCAAACCUCGGACAACCAGAACUGUGGGAAAGACACAGAAUCAAAUGCAGUCCAACCAAUUGAGUCCUCGACAUUAAUUCAUUCGGAUUUGACAUCUGUUUAUGGUACUGUAGUCCUGAACAGGACAGUUCUGUUCUUGGGAACCGGAGAUGGACAGUUACUCAAGGUUAUUCUUGGUGAGAAUUUGACUUCCAAUUGCCCUGAAGUUAUCUAUGAAAUUAAAGAAGAAACACCUGUUUUCCACAAACUUGUUCCUGACCCAGAGAAUAAUACCUACAUCUACCUAGCAUCUGGGAAAGAGAUAAGAAGAAUUCGAGUGGCCAAUUGCAACAACCAUCAUUCCUGUAAGGCAUGUCUGACAGCAAUGGAUCCCCACUGUGGUUGGUGUCAUUCUCUCCAAAGGUGCACUUUUCAAGAUGAUUGUAAACAAGUGGGCAACACUCAGACCUGGCUGGACAUUUCAUCCGGAGCCUCAAAGUGUCCUAAGAUCCAGAUAGCUCGUAGCAGCUUCUAUCAGGCUUCCGUGUCAGUGGUGGGAAGCUUCUCCACAAAAUAUUCAUGGUGUUCUGUGAAGAAUUCGGGUACCAACAAGGAACUUUGCAAGGCUAAAACCCAGCCCCACGGGACCUGUUCGUGUCAUAUCAAAAACACCAAGAUGAUGGACAAAGAUCUCUUAGCUAUCAGUGUAUCCUUCACUUCUGACUCCUGGAAUUUAACAGAAAGAUUCAACUUCACCAACUGCUCCUCUUUAAGAGAGUGCCAAGUCUGUGUUGAUGUGUCCUGUGUUUGGUGUGAAAAUGAGAAAAAAUGCAUUCCUCCCUUCACGGCCUGUGACCCUGCGGAUUACAGGAAAAACCAGAUUGUCUGUCAAGCAUCCAGAAAAUCAUCUCUUUCAAGAGGAGGAUUCCCAGCCAAGAAGAAUGCCAAGAUCAACCAGGACUCACAGGUCUUCUCCAUCCACUCCAUAAUGCCACAGAAAGUAUCGACCCUGGGGAAAAGUGACAUGAUAGUCAUCGGAGCCAACUUUACCCAAGCGUCUAACAUCUCCAUGAUACUGAAAGGAACCAGCACUUGUGACCAAGAUGUAAUACAUGUUCACCAGGUGCUGAAUGACACACAUAUGAAAUUCUCUCUCCCAUCAAGUCGGAAGGAAAUGAAGGAUGUUUGUAUCCAGUUUGAUGAUAGUGACUGCUUUCCUGCUGGGACCCUGUCUUUUGUUGCGUUGCCUUGGUGUUCCUUUAUAUUUCCAGCCACCACGUGGAUCAGUGGCGGUCAAAAUAUAACCAUAGAGGGCCAGAAUUUUGAUGUAAUUGACAGUUUAAUUAUUUCCCAUGAAGUGAAAGGAGAUUUCAGUGUAUCUGAAUAUUGUACAGAGACACAGUGCAACUUUUUGGCUCCCAAUUUAAAGUUUUCCAAAGGCCGCCCAAAUGUUAAUGUGAAAAUGAAAGUACAGGAUGUUCUUCUAUAUUGCAAAACUCUGCAGUAUCUCGAUGACCCCAGAUUUACUGGAUAUCGCAUAGACUUCGCGGGGCUUCAGGAAAUGGAAGUAAAAAUUCAAAAAGAAAAUGACAACUUCCAUAUUUCCAAGCAAGACAUCGAGAUGACUCUUUUCUAUGGGGAAAAUGGUCACCGAAACUGCAACUUUGAAAAUAUUACCAGGGGUCAAGAUCUUACCACCAUCCUUUGCAAAAUUAAAGCAGUUUCAACCCAAAAUAACGUCCUGGCAUCAUUUAAGAAAGUUCGGGUCAAAUUGGGAAACUUGGAGCUCUAUGUUGAACAGGAGUCUGUUCCGUCCACCUGGUAUUUUCUCAUUGUCCUUCCUGUCCUCUUGGUAACUGUCAUUUUUGUUGCAGUCGUUGUCACCAGGUACAAAUCCAAGGAACUGAGUCGCAAACAGAGCCAACAGUUGGAACUCUUGGAAAGUGAGCUGCGGAAAGAGAUCCGUGAUGGAUUUGCUGAGCUGCAGAUGGAUAAAUUGGAUGUGGUAGAUAGCUUUGGCACUGUUCCCUUUCUGGACUACAAACACUUUGCUCUGAGAACUUUCUUCCCCGAGUCAGGUGGCUUCACCCACAUCUUCACUGAAGACAUGCACAGCCGAGACCCAGGAGACAAGAAUGAAAGCCUCACUGCUUUAGAUGCUUUAAUCUGCAACAAAAGUUUCCUUGUUACCGUCAUUCAUACUCUUGAAAAGCAGAAGAGUUUUUCUGUGAAAGACAGGUGUUUAUUUGCUUCGUUCCUGACCAUCGCCCUCCAGACCAAGCUUGUCUACCUGACCAGUAUCCUCGAGGUUCUUACCCGAGACCUCAUGGAGCAAUCGAGUAACAUGCAGCCCAAGCUGAUGCUCCGGCGGACCGAGUCUGUGGUGGAAAAGCUCCUCACAAAUUGGAUGUCUGUUUGCCUCUCCGGCUUCCUCCGGGAGACUGUUGGAGAGCCCUUCUAUCUGCUCGUGACCACCCUAAACCAGAAAAUAAACAAAGGUCCGGUGGACGUCAUAACUUCAAAAGCCCUCUACACCCUUAAUGAGGAUUGGCUCCUGUGGCAAGUGCCCGAAUUCAGCACUGUGGCACUGAAUGCUGUGUUUGAACAAAUCCCAGAGAAUGAGAGCGCCGAUGUCUGUCGGAGUAUUGCCGUCAAUGUCCUAGACUGUGAUACCAUAGGACAAGCCAAGGAGAAGAUCUUCCAAGCGUUUUUAAGCAAGAACGGCUCUCUCUAUGGGCUCCAGAUCAAUGAAAUUGGCCUGGAGCUUCAGCUGGGUACACGGCAGAAAGAACUCUUAGACAUUGAUAGCUCUUCUGUGAUUCUGGAGGAUGGAAUAACCAAGCUAAAUACCAUCGGCCAUUAUGAGAUUUCAAACGGUUCUACCAUCAGUGUCUUCAAGAAGCUAUCAAACUUUACAUCAGAUGUGGAAUACUCCGAACAUCACUGUCAUUUGAUUUUACCAGACUCGGAAGCAUUCCAAGAUGUCCAAGGCAAGAGACACCGAGGGAAGCACAAGUUUAAAGUAAAGGAAAUGUAUUUAACAAAGCUGCUGUCAACCAAGGUGGCCAUUCACUCUGUCUUGGAAAAGCUUUUCCGAAGCAUCUGGAGCCUGCCCAACAGCAAAGCCCCGUUUGCCAUCAAAUACUUCUUUGAUUUUUUGGAUGCCCAGGCUGAGAAUAAAAAAAUCACAGAUCCUGAUGUUGUACAUAUUUGGAAAACAAACAGUCUUCCUCUUCGUUUCUGGGUCAAUAUCCUGAAGAACCCACAGUUCGUCUUUGAUAUUAAGAAGACACCACACAUAGACAGCUGUUUGUCAGUAAUUGCCCAGGCUUUCAUGGAUGCGUUUUCUCUUGCGGAACAACAACUGGGGAAGGAGGCACCAACUAAUAAACUUCUUUAUGCCAAGGAUAUUCCCAACUACAAAGAGGAAGUGAAAGCUUAUUAUAAAGCAAUCAGGGAUUUGCCUCCAUUGUCGUCUUUGGAAAUGGAAGAAUUUUUAACUCAGGAAUCUAAGAAACAUGAAAAUGAAUUUAAUGAAGAAGUGGCCUUGACAGAAAUCUACAAAUACAUCGUAAAAUAUUUUGAUGAGUCAUGCUGGGCCAGGCUAUCCAUGUCAGUGGUGAGAAUAGCUCACCCUUUCCAUUUUCUACUUUGAAGACCCAAGUGAAGCAAUAAGAUUCUAAAUAAACUAGAAAGAGAACGAGGGUUAGAAGAUGCCCAGAAGCAGCUCUUACACAUAAAAGUCCUAUUUGAGGAGAAGAAGAAAUGCAAGUGGGUGUGAACAUCACGCUGUGGCCUGGCUUAAGAUGGUGAAAUUCUUCCGACAGCUUGGAACAAAAUGGUGGCUCGAGCUAUGUUGGCGCCUUUUUAAGAAAAAAAGUUUGCACAUAGAUUCCACUUUGAACAGCAAGUCUUUCGUAGGAGACCAAGGCACAUGCACAACUUUUAGAGAAGCUGACCAGCCAUUGUGCCUGUUGUAAAUAUCGUGGAGACCCUUAUGUAAAUAUAGAUGUCGUGGUGGUUGUAAACAGCCUCCUCGUUUACAGAGAAUACAGGGCCAGUAAGCAAGUGUCAGUAUUAUUGUAACUACAGUUUCCACUUAAGCACAAUGAUUCAAGUGGUUUUGUCUCAAAACUACAGCUAUGUAGCACUUGUGAUGACACUGAAAUCCAAUAGUAGAAGGAUGCUGCCGAUGCCAAACGCAAAAUGUGAAAUGUGGUGGGAUCUCCCGUCCACGAUGAGGCGUGGGUGGCGGGUUAUUGGGGCAACCCUGAGGACCCGCAGUGUCGGCGCUCGUCCCCAGUAGUUCUUGGAAAAGGUGACUGCAAAAUGUGGUGGUGUGUACACUUAGCAUUUGUGUGUGUGUUUUUUAAACCAAAAACUUAACAGUGUGGCAACAUUGUUGAAAGGGCUCGUGUUUUUCAGUAGUCACCAACUGCAUUUCAUCAAACUCACCUGGAUUUCACCACUGGCCUAAAGCAAGUGCUUUGGUUUGUCUGGAUGCAGUAGCCAUUUGCCACGGCGCUGUGUUCCUGCCUUGUGUUGCAUACUUGUUUUUAUUCAAAAGCACCAAAUGUACUUGAUGGUGAACGUGUUUGCCGAUAACUUCCAUGUGUUGUUUUUUUUAAAAAACCCUCCACAUUGACGUUUAUCAUUUCUGUGCACAAACUCGGCACGAGAAUUCGAUCAGAGCUCUCCUUGGUAGAGCGCCUCAUGCGUCCAUCCCGCCAUGUCUAAACUAUCAGUUCUUCACAUCCUCUUUGCUUUAGGUCUCAGGUGAAAUCAAUGGGUAUUAACACCUGUAAGUGUGUGGUAAGAUGAUGAUACGUUUUACAUUACAUGACAUGAAAUUGCUGUACACACUGGAGUAUUAUAUCUAUAUAAAGGCCCGAGGCCUGAACGGUAUUAGUAUACAGCUUGGUAUCUUUGUCUUAUUAUGUAUUUUUAAAAAGUAUUCCUCAAAGGAAAAAGUCCAAAAAAAAAAAUACCCAUUUUCAUUCAUGCCUUCGUUCAGAUCCCUUUCUAGUGAUACUGUAAUCUUUUAUUGCUGGUUUUGUAUCCUGGAUUUUUGCUGCUCACGACCAAGUUCAAUACCACUGUGUUUCCCUUAUAGUAUAGCAGAAUAAAUUGUCAUCAGUGUCAGCCUCUCUUGUGGCACCUCACCCUCACCCUCUUGGCUGAGGUUCAGAAUUCCCAGUUCCAGCCUAUGAAAUUUCCCUACAAGUCAAUGAUCCCACGCCCCUUUUAGAAGCACUUGCCAACACUGUAAUGACAUCAGGUUUAAAAUCUGCAUUUUAUCUUAGAUGAAUGCAAGUGUCUCUCUCCUCCCACUCUGUAUUUGGUGGAAUGAGAAGGAUCAAACACCCAAACAAAGAGCAAGGAGAAUAGUAAAUGCCCUAAAUAGGCACUUUUCCCGAUUCCCAUAGCUUUUGACCAUUGCCUGUCCUGUGGACACACCUCAAAGAUACUACCAAAAAGUCUCCCCUGUAGGUGUAAAAGGUGAGAGGAUGGGUCCCAAAAUAAAGCUGCUACCAUUUUGAAAGAAACACGGCCGAGUUUUUGAGUGAAAGAGCAGGUAUGGCAAUCAGUGGUAGAAGAGACCGCUUCCCAAAAGAUGUCCCUUCUUUAGGGUAUAGAAGGACAACUAUGAAAAGGGUGAGAACUCAGAUGAUCAGCUGUGGCUUUAUCAUAGUAUUUGCUGAAUAAUACUUUAGGGUUCCCCCUCCCCUCAAACCCUUUGGCACACAAGUAUUGCAAGGGUUGGGUUACCAGUUAGCUCUUCCGGUGACUUUGCUGGUGGGAACUUUGGGCAAAUUGUUUACCUCUUUGUGCCUCAAUUUCUGGAAAAUCUUUCUAAGCUACCUCACAGAGGUGGUAUGAAGACUCACUGAUGUUUGUAGAGUGCUCGUUGAUUCUCCCAUGGAAAGCAUGAUCUAAAGCAGCAUUCUGGAGCACACUAGCCCAAGGCAGUGAAUAGGCCGAGCAGACGUGCUGAAGACAAUCAGUAACCGAGUCCGUAUUAAACAGCAGCCAGAGAAACAACUGUCAAACGAUUUCUAUUGUUAACUUUAUUUUCUGAUUUGGGGUGAAGAUCAUUUUAUUUAUAAGCUUUUUUUUUUCCUAACACUAGUGUCUGCAGCAGCAUUUUAUGAUUAAUUCGGUUACUUUUUCAGUAUUAGGAUGUAAAAUCUAUUUCUUGUAUACAUGAUUGAAGCUGUUCUUGGAGAUGAAUGUUUUAAAUGUGUAUAUCCAAAAUAAACACUUUGAUGUAUCAAAGGCUA